UUGUUGUUGUGACUGCCGGCCGGAGAGGAGCAGUUAGUGCUGUAUGAGAGCUGCUGUGAGGAAGACGCAGUCUCUCUCUCUCUCUUUACUGUGGAAGAGAAACGGACUGAGGAGGCUGAGCUCCGCAUUUCAGCGGCAGAUUUCACCGGGACAAACUCACAGAGGAGACGAGAUCUUACAAGAGCGUGCGUAAAGACGCGCGGAAACACUUAGCCAAGUCUAUACAGCCAAACCAAGACGGGACUCCAAACUGCGAGACACGUUUUACCAGCCUGUCUUAAUCUCGCUUUCUCUCACCAAAUUGGAUCUUUGAAGCAUAUUUUAAAGCGAGAAAGGACAUAUUUUCCCACGCAAAAUCCGCCGUUUUGCCACCGUGUUUUGCGGUUCUUAUACUCUCAGUGGAUUUAGCUCUCUGAGCAGCCGGCUGCAGUGGACUUUGCCCAGCGGGAUCACACAGCUCCUUCCGCCGGUCACCAGGAGAGAGGGAGCCCGGCAGCUGUCGUUCAUGUUCCAAGGGGGCUGUUUUUGAUGGAUUUAUGAGCUUCGUUUUCACCUGAUCUGAGACUGCUUUGGAAAAGGAUACAGAGGAGACCUUAAAGCUCCAAAUGAGGCUUUCAAUAUUCGCUCGUUCAGACCGGGAGAAGGAGUGAUUUCUCCUCUCAUCUCUGCGGGGACAGACCGGGAGGAAAGGAUCCAAUUUUAGGGACUUUGUGGGUUUCUGGAGUUUCCAAUGCCAGGGACCGGAGUGUGAGGCCAAUUCCAGGCUUCAAAUAUAUAUACAUUAAGACCUUUUAACCAGAACAUCACAUCAAGAAGAUGGGAAGGGUCUGCACCUUCUGCGUUCUCCUGCUGUGUAUGAUGGACAGAGUCUCUGCCAGGGCCAUCGAGGAAGGAAAAAAUAGAGAUCUUCGUGUCUCCAGGCCUCUAAUCGCACCAGGUUACCCUGAAAACACGACAGCAGUGGUGGGUGGUCAGGCCAAACUGGUGUGUAAAAUUCACAGGCCGGCCUCCACUAAGGUGCAGUGGCUGAAGACGGAGGCCAGCAAAGUGGGACAAAUCCAAGGAGGACAGCCUCACCUGAAAGCUCUGACGUCUCUGCAGAGCAAUGCGUCAAAGCUGAACACUCUGCAUCUGUCCAACAUCACCGUGGAGGAUGCAGGAGAGUACAUCUGUAUGGCUGAGAGCACCCACGGGGGGCAGACAGUUCAGGCCAUGCAGUCUGCAUGGCUGGAGGUUCUUCCUGGUACAAUCAUUUCUAGAACGGUGGACAUGGCUGCUGCUGAAAUCCCCCAAGACGUUCUCGAGGACCUGAGUGAAGACACCACAGAGCAUCUUCUGUUAGAGCCCGGAAACGUCCUGAAACUUCGCUGCGACAUGAGCACGCGGCCCGGCAUGGCGGUGAACUGGUACAAAGAGGGAGGCCGGGUUGUGCCCACGCCAAGAAUCCAGAUCCGCGGCGCCAUCAUGGAGAUCACAGACGUUACGUACGAGGAUUCAGGAGUCUAUGUUUGUGUUCUCAGGGGAUCCAAGGAGCCUGUGAGGAACUUCACCAUCACUGUGGCAGACUCAUUGGGGUCGGGAGACGAUGAUGAGGACGACGGCUUAGACGACUCGUCGGCCGAGAUCGAAAACGACCAGGUCUACUUCUCCAGAGGUCCUUACUGGACGCACACCCAACGUAUGGAGAAGAAGCUGUACGCUGUUCCCGCUGGUAACACGGUGAAGUUUCGUUGCCCGGCCAUGGGAAGCCCCAUGCCGAGCAUUCGCUGGCUCAAGAACGGACGAGAAUUUAGAGGGGAGCAUCGCAUCGGUGGCAUCAAGCUGAGACACCAGCACUGGAGCCUUGUGAUGGAGAGCGUCGUGCCUUCAGACAGAGGGAACUACACCUGUAUGGUGGAAAACAAGUAUGGCUCCAUUGCCCACAGCUACGUCCUCGAUGUCCUCGAGCGUUCCCCACACAGGCCCAUACUGCAGGCUGGACUGCCAGCAAACACAACAGCAGUGGUGGGCAGUGAUGUCCAGUUCCACUGUAAGGUCUACAGCGACGCCCAGCCUCACAUUCAGUGGCUCAAACACAUAGAAAGGAACGGCAGUCGCUACGGUCAUGACGGAACGCCCUACGUUCAGGUCCUCAAGACUGGGAGUCUGAACAUGUCAGAGGUGGAGGUGCUCUACCUGUCUAAAGUUACCAUGGAGGAUUCUGGAGAGUACACCUGUCUGGCUGGAAAUUCAAUUGGAUUCGCUCACCAGUCCGCUUGGCUCACUGUUAUCUCAGAAGAGGAAGCAGCAGAUGCCAUGGACACCAUGGAAACCAAAUACACCGAUAUCAUCAUCUACGCCUGUGGUUUCCUGGCUCUGAUCAUGGCCAUUGUCAUCGUGGUGUUGUGUCGAAUGCAGGUCCACCCUAGAAGAGAGCCGUUUGACGCCCUCCCUGUUCAGAAGCUCUCGAAGUUUCCUCUUCGCAGACAGUACUCCGUGGAGUCCAACUCGUCGGGGAAGUCCAGUGCGUCUCUGAUGAGGGUAGCUCGCCUCUCAUCCAGCUGCUCACCUAUGUUGGCCGGAGUCAUGGAGUUUGAAUUACCAUAUGACCCAGAUUGGGAGUUUCCAAGGGAGAAUUUGACGUUGGGUAAACCUCUAGGAGAAGGCUGCUUCGGUCAGGUGGUCAGAGCUGAUGCUUACGGCAUCAACAAGGACUCUACAGAUCCGGCCACCACAGUGGCGGUUAAGAUGCUCAAAGAUGACGCCACAGACAAAGAUCUGGCAGACCUCAUCUCGGAGAUGGAGCUAAUGAAAGUGAUGGACAAACACAAGAACAUCAUCAACCUGCUUGGAGUCUGCACACAGGAUGGCCCUCUGUAUGUGCUGGUGGAGUACGCCUCCAAAGGCAGUCUGAGGGAGUACCUGCGAGCCCGGCGACCCCCAGGCAUGGACUACACCUUUGAUGUGACGAAGGUGCCUGAAGAGCAGCUCACCUUCAAAGACCUCCUGUCCUGUGCCUACCAGGUCGCCAGAGGGAUGGAGUACUUGGCUUCUAAGAGGUGCAUCCACAGAGAUUUGGCAGCCAGAAACGUCCUGGUGACGGAGGACAACGUGAUGAAGAUCGCCGACUUUGGCCUGGCCAGAGGAGUCCACCAGAUUGACUACUACAAGAAAACCACCAACGGACGACUGCCCGUGAAGUGGAUGGCACCAGAGGCUUUGUUUGACAGAGUCUACACACACCAGAGCGAUGUGUGGUCAUUUGGGGUCUUGAUGUGGGAGAUCUUCACACUGGGAGGUUCCCCGUACCCAGGCAUCCCUGUGGAGGAGCUCUUCAAGCUGCUGAAGGAAGGACACCGCAUGGACAAACCCUCCAACUGCACACAUGAACUCUACAUGAUGAUGCGUGAGUGCUGGCAUGCUGUGCCCACCCAGAGACCCACCUUCAAGCAGCUGGUGGAGGAGCUGGACCGAGUGCUGCUGUCCAUCUCUGACGAGUACCUGGACCUGUCAACACCCUUCGAGCAGUACUCCCCGUCAUGUGAGGACACGUCAAGCUCCUGCUCCUCCGACAACGACUCUGUUUUUACCCAUGAUGCCUUGUCCACAGACCCCUGCCUCCUGGGCUACCAGGAUGUGCGCUCUCGGAUAGACAUGAAGGCGGCGCUCCGAUAGACUGACGACUGAAGGCACACACACACACACAUUGGCAAACAUAAGCUCAACAUAGCAAACAGGAAACACUUCUUUGGGGUUUUUUUAUGUAACAUCCACUGGCAGCCGUGUUCAAGGUCCAUCGCUGCAUUUUGAAAGUUUAUCUGGAACCUUCAUUAUGGCUCCAGACGAAGCCCGUAGAUGUGUGUGUUUACACACAAACACACACGGACACACAUGCACACGGAGCACUGAGGCUGGUGGGCUUCAUCACAGGUUAAAGGUUUGAAGAAAAGACAUUUAUUGUGUGCAGAAGAACGAGCGGAAGAAAAGAGGACAAACAAAUGGUGGUACUUUGGACUAUCAGCUCUGGCACUGUGCCCAUGAACAGUUGUAACGUUGGAAAACUGCGGCACUAAAAACACAACAGAAGAGCCCCUGGUACUUAAACGCCUCACGAGCUUGACGGACUAUGAUCUCAGCCCAAAACCAGGGUGCGAAACCUCGCUGGUAAAGACAUUUUAACAAGAAAAAAAAAGAUUUAUUUUGCUAUGAUAAAACAGAAGAAACGGAUUGUUAAAUAUAAAUCUCUUUAUAUAAGAUUAUUUUACUUUUGUGAUGCUUAUUUAAGAAGAAAACAGUCUUAAAUCUCAGGAUCUCUUGUGCUAAGAAGUUGCUGUAUCUGCAGCGAAGUGCCUGAAUUUACGAUUUCCUGUGAAUAUAUUAGAAUAUCUAAAUAUUGUAUGUACAUAUCAACGACAUAAAGACGAUUGCCUUUUUUUUUUUAUAAAUUAUUCUGAAUGACACAAAAGUGAAGGUUAUUGAAGUCGAAAAAAAAAGGAGAGAGGAAUUGAAUCAAGUGUUUUUCAAGGGCCAAACCUGUCAUGACUGUCACACACUGUCGUCAUGUUCGAGUUUCAUUCCAAAAUGCCAACACGUUCAGUUGAGACGAACAUUCAUAAAAAAGGAUUCUGAAUGAAAACCCUCUUCAGUUUAACACGCACUGUGGUCCAACUAGAGUCACAAACUCACAAUUUGAUAUAAAAAAAAAGAUCGAUAUCCGCAACAUUAAAAAAAAAACAUUCAUAUCUUGAGGUUGGACCAACUGAUUAGAACUAAAAUCUUAUUUUCCAUUGACGACCCAAACCAUAAACGUAUGUGGUCAACUAUACCGUCUUGGGCUUCAACUUUUAACUCUGAAAUUUUGGAAUGAAACUCUCAAUUCGACACUUUUUUUUUUGUAAACUGCUUCCACCUCCAUCCCAGGAAAACAAUUUGUGGUCAAACACCAGAAGGAUCCAAGUUCUUGUUGCUGCUGUUGGACGAAAGAGCACGGAAACGUUUCAGAAAUUACAGCUGCGUUCAGAAAGUGAUAUGAGGUCUUCAAGUUUGAAGUCUUCGUGCACCCAAAGGUCACCAGACUUAUUUACAUGAACAAACAAGCAUGUAAACUUUGAGGCAACGUUGCGUGGUCUUUCUCAACAACAGCUCUGUGUCCAGGGUGGGACCCCGUCCUGAAAAAAGGGGGACUCAAGCCCAGUGUCACUGCUGACAACAAGAGGAGCACAGGGAGAGGAGAGGGAGGAGGGCACUGAAUGUGAAAGCCAGUGUGAUUGAUUUCAAAUAGAAGAGAAGGGGGAGGGUCCCUCCUUUGUCUGGCUCUAACCCCUUCACCCAGCCCAAUCUGUUGGCAAGGGGUCCUCAGGUCCGCAGCCCGGCCGGACAAUGAAGGCUUUGCAGGCUUAAUGGGUGUGACUGCAGACCAGAGGGAGUUCUUUUUGGGGAGGGGGGUGGUGUUUUUUAAGAUAGCUUGGGCUUGUGUGCAAAUGAAGAGGCUCUUAUUAUGGUAAUGUGUCCUCUUCUCUCCCAAACGCCCCUAUCUUUAUCCCCACAGACGCCAUCUUUUAAAUUACAAAUCUUAAUUCAGAUUCGGCCACUGCCACCAGGACCAGCUGCAGAAAACUCCCCUGUGGGCAAAAAUACCAACUGAGUCCCAGUCAGCCCCCCCCCCCCUGAAUCUGACCGCAGACAGAACAAUUAACACAAAAAACCAUCAUUAACGUUUGCUGUUGGUUUAACUUUUUUGAUAUCUUUCACUGAAUCUCUCCCAAACGUGAUGGUAAAUGCAUGUGAUUCCAUUGGACUUGAUUGUUUUUGGUUGAAAAAUGUUGUGUUAUAAAAGUGUCAAUGUCCUGAAACUUCAUUUGAUCCAAACCUGCAGUAUUUCCCAUUUUAUCCCCGACCCCCUGAAUUAAGGGUUUUAUUCCGAUAUGCCUUAAAUGCUAUCCAAUCAUCUCCCUGUGUGUAUAAACCAGUCAUGCAUUUCAUCACUGAAGGAUUCACACGUCUUCUCUCCACGUGUCUUUGUUUUUCAUGCUGUCAAUCAUCGUGUGACAGCUGGUGUCAUUUAGGAAUGAAGCUCUUACAUUUACACACAAAGUGUCCCAUACGUUCACAUCUUUACAUUCCAGCUCUCCGCUCUCCUCACAGGUACAAAACUGUAAACUGUCACAACGUUCUUAAACAUUUCCUCAAGAGAAUUAUUUUAGAAAUAUCUAAUUUAUUUGUUUAUUGUUUUGUUUUUAUAUGAAAUAAAGUAUAAUUUAAAAUAAA